AACUGGUUUGUUAAAUUUACUUGUAUUUGUGUAUAUACAACCACAUACAUGUAUAUUUAUUGAAUUUGUAUUGGAGUCUAGUGUACACCACCACUAUCACCAUCACCACAUUUUGGAUUACAUCUUCCAUGUUCCAUCUCAGUGUCAAUAUGGCCGUUGACUCGUGCACAUUUUACUUAUGGAUGCACAAACGGUAAAAUAUAAACAAGAUGAACUCUGAACCAAUAAAUGAUGUUAAAGAAAAAAAUAUUAAAUUAAUAAUAAACAUGGAUGAUCAAUAUUUAAUUGAUAAUAAAUUAAAUAAAAUUAAUUUAUUUAAUCAAUGCAAUGAUAAAGGUUUAAUAAGUGUGAUGGAACACUACUCAAGAAAUUUACGGUCGAGUGUUAACGAAUGUCAAACAAAGCCAUCGAGGGUUGAAGAGAUAAAGGAUUUUAUGAGCGAAAAUUUACAAUUUUUUUUCUAUUAUUAUAAAAUGAUGCAAGCCAAUUGUGAACGUAAAGCUUAUUUGGACCUAAUGUCUGAUUUAUUGGAGAUCUACAUUGACAUGGAGCUAAAAGUAUCAAAAAUUUCUAUCGAAGAAAUGGAAAAAAUAUCUGACCGAUUGACAAAAUAUUUAUACAUAUAUUUAGAUAAUUCAGUGGAACACAUGUUGGAUACACUUAUAAAAAUUCAAUUUAUUAGUUCGACUUAUCAUCACAUAUUGAGUUUACUCAUACCUAAAAUAUUAAAAAUAGUACCAAGUAAUCCAAAAAUUGACUCAAAGGGCACAAUGUAUGUUCGAUAUUUUUUGAUUUAUUCAUUUUGGAAAUUAAUAACAAAUGAUCAAAUAUUAAAAAAUAAUAUAAACAAAUUUGCACAUUCAUCAUUAUCAAUAUAUCCAAUAUCAUUAUCAGAUGAUCUUAAAGAUAAUGUAUUACCAAAAGUGCCAAAUGAUAAUUUAAUUACAACAAAUAUAUUAUUAUCAUUAAAUUUUGAUAUUAUAAAAUCAUGUCAAAAUUUUAUUAAACAUACGAAAAUAUUAACAACUAAACAACAAUCUGAAAAAUUGGAUACAUCAAAGCUUGAAGAUAAUAAUUUAAUGAAUAAUAAUAAUAUAAAUUUACCUGAUAAUUUAAUAUCUAAUAAUAGCUCUAAAUUACAUGAAAAUAUAAUAAAUCAACGUAAAAAAAAACAUGUAUUACCACCAGGUCAAGUAUUAUUAGUUGAUUUAACAAGUGACAAGGCAAGUGGUCGUAUAAUACGUGAUAAAGAACAAAUGAAAAAAAAAUUAUUAUGGCUAAAAGAAAUUGGAAAAAAAAAGAAUAAUAAUAAUUUAAUAAACAACAAUGAAGAUAUGAAAAAUAUUAAAUUCAACAAUGAAGAUUUUACAACAAUUGAAGAAGCAUAUGACAUAAAAUUAUUUAACAUAAAUGAUGAUAAUGUUAAAAAACAAAUUAAUGAUGAUUUUAAUUUAUGGCUUGAUGGAAUGUAUCAAUCAAUAAAUUAUGAUAAUGAUAAUAUCACAACGACAACAUCAACAAUUAAAUUACAAGAAAUAUCAGUUAACGAAAAAAUAACAGAAGAUAAAGAUAAAAAAAUUGAAGAACCUGUUAGUACAAAUACAACUGAUGAACAUAAACGUAAAACAGUAUUACACUUGAAUCAUCAAUUUGAUAAUAGUAAAUUAAUAAAUAAUGAUAAUGAAUUAUCAUCAUUAAAAAUUAAAGAUGUUGAAUUUAAUGAUCAUACUGAUGGUUUAACAUUAUUAGCAAGUGUAUCACAACAUGUACUUGAUUUAGAAACAUCACAAAUACAUGAUAAACAUCAAGAAAUAAUUAAUGUCAUAGAUUACAAUAAAUUAAAAUUAAAUAUUGAUAAUUCAACUGAUAGUUGUUCAAAUAGUUCAUCAAUAUAUUAUAGCAAUUAUUCUGAUAAUAUAAAUUAUGAUAAUAGAAUUGAUAAACAAUAUAUUAUAAAUGAUAAUGAAUUUUCAAAAAUAUAUCCAGAUGAUGAUAUUGAUAGAAUUGGAUUAAAUGUUGAAGUAACAUCAUCUGAAGAUACAUUUAAUCAAUGUACAAGUACAGUUUAUCAUAAUAAUGAUGAUAAUAAUUAUCAACAAGAUGAUAAAGUUAUAUUAAAUGGUGAAACAGUUGUUCUAUUACAAAAAUCACCAAAUAGUAAUUUAUAUAUUAUCAAUAAAGCCAUUGAAAAUGACAACGAAUUAAUUAAAUUAAAUGAUGAAAAAAAUAGCUAUAUGUAUGAUAAAAAAUAUUCUAUACAAAAUGAUAAUAAAAAGUUAGCUAAAAAUGAUCUAUUAUCAUUGAGUGAUCAUGCAAUUUGUGAAAAUGAUAUUAAAGCAUCAUCAUUAAGAACACCAACAGCAACAUUAUCAUCAUCAUCAUCAACAUCAACAGCAACGACGACGACAACAACAAAAAAAUAUAAUAUUAAAAAUGAAUAUAAUGAUCAUGUUGAGGAUAAUCCAACAUCAACAUCAUUAUAUCAUCAUUCAGAUAAUUAUUUUAAUAGCCAUAAUAAUAAAUAUGAAAAUAAUGAAAAAUUAUUUGAUCAAACAUUACCACAUUCAACAACAACAUCACCAGAUAAUAACAAAAAUUGGUACAAUUCAACAGAUAAAAAAAAAACAAUAUUAAUAAAUGAUUGUAAUUUAAAUAAUAAUAAUAAUAAAUUAUAUAAAUUUACAAAUGAUAAAGAAAUUGAAAAUGAUAAUAAUAUUAUUAUAAAAAAUAAUUUAAAUUAUCAUUUACCACCUAAAAAACGUUUUAAUUUUGGUAAUAAAAAUUAUAAUAAUAUUAUUAAUGAAAAUAAUAAUUAUACAAGUGAACCAAUGAUAUCAAUAGCAUCAUUACAAAAUAAUAAUAAAAAUGAUAAUAAUAGUAAAAAAAUAAUAAGAAGAAAUUAUAAUAAUGAUAAUAAUUAUUGUUUUAUUAAUAAUGAUAAUAAAAUUAAUAAUAAAAAAAAUAAUAAUAGUAAAAAAAGAUGUAAUGAUGGACAAAUAUCGAGGCCUUCGAAGAAAGUUAAAGAGCAAUUAUUAACUCCAAUGAAAAAUUUAAAAAAACAAACAAGAAGUUCACAAAGAAAAGUACCUAAAGUUAAUUAUUGCUAUAAUGAUAUUGAAACUGAGUGGAAACCGUCCACUGAUAAUAAUAUGACACGUAAAAAAAAAAAAACAAAUCAAUGAUUAAUUGAAUUUGUUUAUUUAAUUUUAUUUUUUAUUUAAUAUUUUUUUUUCUUUUUUUUUUUUUAUUGUUAUCAUUGAGGAUACCACUUGUCUUGGACACAUUUAAUAUUUUUUGUUUCUAUUUAAGGACUAAUUGAAUUAUAAUUAUUUUUUUUUUUCUAGUUUUUUUCUUUAUUUAAUCAUUGCUUUUUACUUGAUUGAUAUUUUGAAAUAAAAUAUUGUAAAGUUUAAUGAAAAGUAAAGGAAAAAAGUUAUUGAAAAAUUACAAAACCUGACCGUUCGACAGGCUGUGGUAUAAUCCAUUCUUGUACAAAUUUUGUAAAUAAUAAAUAUGUAGAAAGAGAUAAUUAAUUUAUAAAUUACAAUGAGAAUAUUCGACGAUUUUUUUUUUUUUGAUUUAUUUAAAAUAGAUACAACAUAGAAGAAUAGUCAUCAUUUGAAGAUUAAAAUUAUGAAUUUUAAUGAUAAAAGUCAACAAUGAAGAUUUAAAAUUUAUUUAUGAAAUCUUUGAAAAUUGGAAGAAUGAAUCUACAAGAAAUUCCAUAAGUAAAUUCCGGAUCAAUUCAAAGAUGAGAUAGAAGACAAAAUUAAUUAUAACAAGAAUGCCGUUCCGUAUCGAUAGAAAAAAAAUAGCCAAUACUUUGUUUAGAAGAUAGUAAAUAAAAAAAAAAAAAAUGGAUAGUAAUAAACGAAAAUAUUUUCAUCUUAAAAAAAAAAACAAUUGAAAAAGUAAUUAUUUACAUGAAAUACUGGUUGAAUUUUAUUUAAUCAGUAAACGACGCAUAAUCAAAGUACUUUUUACAAUUAUUUUAAUUUUUAUUAUUUAAAAAAAAUAAAAAU